AUGUGCAACGGCACGCUCGACAGCUGCCGCGUGGACUCGAAGAUCGACCACCUGUUCCCGCCCUCGCUGUACAUCGUGGUCAUGGCCAUGGGCCUGCCGGCCAACUGCCUGGCCCUGUGGGCGGCCUACCAGCAGGUGAGGCAGCGCAACGAGCUGGGCGUGUACCUGAUGAACCUCAGCGUGGCCGACCUGCUGUACAUCGCCACGCUGCCGCUCUGGGUGGACUACUUCCUGCACCGGGACAACUGGGUCCACGGGCCGGGCAGCUGCAAGCUGUUCGGCUUCGUCUUCUACACCAACAUCUACAUCAGCAUCGCCUUCCUGUGCUGCAUCUCCGUGGACCGCUACCUGGCCGUGGCCCACCCGCUGCGCUUCGCCCGCGUGCGCCGCGUCAAGACGGCCGUGGCGGUCAGCGCCGGGGUCUGGGCCGUGGAGCUCGGCGCCAACUCGGCCCCGCUCUUCCACGCCGAGCUCUUCCACGACCGCUACAACCACACCUUCUGCUUCGAGAAGUUCCCCAUGGAGCGCUGGGUGGCCUGGCUGAACCUCUACCGCAUCUUCGCCGGCUUCCUGGCGCCCUGGGCCCUGAUGCUCUGCUCCUACCAGGGCAUCCUGCGGGCCGUGCGGGCCAGCGUGUCCACCGAGAGCCAGGAGAAGGCCAAGAUCAAGCGGCUGGCGCUCAGCCUCAUCGCCAUCGUGCUGGCCUGCUUCGCGCCCUACCACGCCAUCCUGCUGUCGCGCAGCGCGGCCUACCUGGGCCGCCCGUGCGACUGCGGCUUCGAGGAGCGCGUCUUCGGGGCCUACCACAGCGCGCUGGCCUUCACCAGCCUCAACUGCGUGGCCGACCCCAUCCUCUACUGCUUCGUGAACGAGGGCGCCCGGGGCGACGUGGCCAAGGCCCUGGCCAGCGUCCUGCGCUUCCUGGCCAGCGCCAAGCCGCGGGAGAUGGCCAACGCCUCCCUCUCGCUGGAGACCCCGCUGGCCGCCAAGCGGGCCGGGGCCGGCCCGGGGCCCGGGGGUCGCGGCCGGCCCGGGGGUCCGCGCGGGGACCAGGUGCAGCUCGGCCCGCUGGCGCCCGGCCCGUGA